AUGCCCACCCAGCACCGCAUCCUCUCCCUCGUCUACAAUGAAUUCGAAGCCCUGGACCUCUUCGGCCCGCUGGGCGCCAUCGUCCCCCGAAGCGACUACUACACCCUCGAACUCGUCAACCUGCAUAAUCUCGACUCGCCCCGCGGCAUCGAGACCUCCAUGAAGAACGGCAUCGGCGUGCUCCCGACCCUCUCAUUGGCAGAAGCCCUCCGCGAGGACCAGCACUUCGACACCCUCUUCAUCCCCGGUGGAUUCGGCAUGAUGCCGCUCGUUUGGGACCCGAUCCUGCUGCAGCGCAUUGGCCAGCUGGUGGAUCGCGCGCCGAAUGUGUUUACCGUCUGUACGGGGUCCAUCCUGCUGGCUGCGACGGGGCGAUUGGACGGGCGCAAGGCGACGACGAAUAAGCGCUUGUAUGAUGAGUUGACUCCGAAGCACCCCGGCAUCAACUGGCAAAAGCGCGCCCGCUGGGUCCAGGACGGCAAAUUCCUGACGUCCUCGGGUGUCACCGCCGGCAUCGACGCAGGCUUCGCCUUCAUGGCCAACACGUACGUUGCGCCCGAAGACCGCUCACAGGACGUCCAGACGCCCUCGGCCAAGGGCGACGAGUGUCCUAUCCCAGGAUUCAAGAAUGAGAAGGCGUUGAAGUUUGCCCAUUUCACCGCCUUUGGACUGGAGUACCGAUGGCACUCGGAUCCGGAGGAUGAUCCGUUUGUGGACUUGCCUGGAACGAAUGGAAGUGCAUAG